CUCGCGCUGGUGGCGCCCUCGCGGGGCGGCGGGGGCUGCGCGGAGCUGGCGUGCGGCGAGCGGGAGGGCUGCUGCGACUCGGCCAACGCCACCGCCAUGCGCUGCUGCAAGCUGCCUCUUCACGCCUUCCUGGACAACGUGGGCUGGUUCGUCCGCAAGCUCUCGGGGCUGCUCAUCCUGCUUGUGCUCUUCGCCAUCGGCUACUUCCUGCAGCGCAUCAUCUGCCCCAGCCCACGCAGGUACCCGCGUGGCCAGGCGCGACCCGCGCCGCCCGGGGGCUCUGGGCCGCCUGGGGGCGCGCGGCCGCCGGACGACGACGCUGACUCGCCGGCUCUGCUGCCCGACGAGACGGCAGCCGGCUCGCAGGACUCCCUGCUGGACAGCAGCGGUGGCGGACGCUUGGCACCCGCCUGCGCCCCGGAGCGUGAGCUGCGUGUGGUCUCUCCGGUCUUCCUGCAGCUGCCCAGCUACGAGGAGGUCAAAUACCUGCCGACCUACGAGGAGUCCAUGCGGCUGCAGCAGCUCAGCCCCAGGGAGGUCGUGCUGCCUGUGUCGGUGCUUGGUCGCCCGCGAGGUGGCGGCGCUAGGGACGCCGACGCCGGGGAAGGCCGCUUCCCGCUCAUCUGAGCGCCCAGGGCUACUCGGGGACCAAGCGGAUGAUGCGAGACCGGGCUACGGAAGGAGGCACAAGCCGGGGAGCCCACGGCCACCACCGUCUGCCUUCGACUCCGCCUAGCACCCAAAAAUAACUGCCUGUCUCCCCGCGGUCGGGUUGGGUCGGGUCAGCCCUCUUGCGCUUCCCGGGACCUGAGGUUUCCCUGCGUUUCAUUUGGUUCAAGGAAACGCUGGGCACAUGCGGCGGUGGCGGCAGCUGCGGAGGAGUCCCCACCGCCAAAUCAAAGGCCAUCCAGCCCUCUCUGCCUUGCCGCCUCUUGUGUUCUAAGUGCCUGCUUCCCGAAACUAAAAGAGCACGUGAGCCCUUGGUGCUUUGGCAGAAGGGCGGCUUUAAGGUUGAGAAACCAGCGGAGUUGCAUCCCUUUUCCUUUGGCCAGGACAGAAGAGGUCACAGUCUCCCAGGAUGGAGAACGAGAAGCCCUUGGGACGAACUGUGGCCGACGUGUGAUGGGCGACUGCUGCUCCAGGUCUGAUAGAGCUGCACUUGGAUACAAUAGAGCCGCUUUCUUCAGGAGAACCCAAAAAAACUUCUUUGGCGCCUUCCAGGCCAAGCCAAUAGUUACAGCUAGGGGUUUACGUAGGAUUAAGUGGGGCGGAGGGGCACCUAGACCCGAUACACAGUUACUGUACUUAAGAUACAGCAACUAUUCUAUCAAAACCAUAUUCGUAAUAUGGUACAUUGGACUUACGAUUUUUCAGUAGCUGAGGAGGUAUAUAUUUAUUUGUCUUUUAUUUUUAUAUUUUCCCAUGUAUUGAAUGCAGCUGGAGGCUAUUUCAACAAAUUAACAAGAUAAUUGUCUAAUCACUUUUUUAGGCCAUUAAUAGGAAAUUGCACACAUUCUAUCAUUGUUUAAAAUGUUGGACAUUGUUUCAUUAGAAGUGAAAAAAAGUAUGAUAAAACCAGGAAAUGACAUAAAAACAUGAAGGAUAUCUUAUUUUCACUAUUUGAGAAUAUAUUUUAUUUUUAGUACUGUAGUAUAAUAUAUAACUUUUUAUAAUAAGUAUACAGUAUGUAGGCUUGGUCUUGUAUCAUUGAUCACAUAGCUAUAUGUAAAAUAGAAUCGAUACAUAUAUGCCAUUCCAUGAAGUAUGCUAUCAUACACUUUCUCUUCCAUUUUUCGUUUGGAACACAUUCCACAACAUAGAACAAAACAUAAGAACUUGAGACAUACAGCUUUUGUUUAAGCCAUAGUUGUGCAGUCAUGUGUUACAGCAGGAUUGAGUCACCCUACCUUAAAAAAGCAAGUGUCAUAUUAGUUCUACUGUUGUCACCUGUUCUUUAAGCAAAAGGUAAUAUAACUUUGUGUUGUGUAUAGUGUACAUACACGUAUUGUCUAUGUACAGUAUAUACACUGAAUACCAUAUAGUUAUAACAGUUUAUGAUUAAUGUGAAAGGAAAAUAAAAGCAAAGAUACAAAAGGUUUCUCUGUUUGGAGAAGGGUAAAUAUUACAUCAAAAAAGAUCAUCCACAUGGAUCUCAUAGAUGGUUUUAGAACACUGUUCAUUCUUAUGUUUUGAGAAGCUGGACAAUGGCAAGGAAACAUAAAAUAUCUGACAUAGUAGAAGAAAAGAUUUGAUUAAACUUUUAAAGACUGACUGAAGAAGGUUGACAGCCCUGGGAAAUUUUUAAAUGUCUGAGCUGUAAUAAAAGCAGAUGGUUUACUUUCAACUUCUAACAGCUGAUGACUCUGUCAUUAAAGAAAAAUCAUUUGAAAUGUAUUAAAACAGGAAAAGAUUAAAAUCUUUCUCUGCAUAAAUUUCAUCAGAUGUGUAAGUAGAGGGUAACAGUGCAGUAUAUGUCAUUUAAAAGUAAUUUUAAGCUGUGACUUGACAAAAGCAUCAGCUGAAACUCAGCUGAGAAUAAUACAAGCUUAAUGAAAUGUGAUUAUAUUGACUAAUCAAAUAUAUCAACAUAACUCCAAUAUGCUAGAUUUUUGUUGUGUGUGGCUAUCAAUACUACUACCUACUAUUCAGUCACUGGAAUGCUGCCAUAUUCUUUUAAAUGAUUUAUUCAUUGAGAGUGCACUAUUUUAGGCAGUUCUUAAAACUGCCUUUCACCUGUAUCUGCAACAUAAAAUACCCAAGUAUCAAUAUAUGAAGACAAGCCUACAUGUUAUUAUUAAUGAAUGUCUUAGAGAAAUUUACAACAAAAUCCUAUAUAAAAUCCACUUAUGAUAUGGAUCAAGUAUUUUUUUCCCUUUUAUUUUAUGAAACAGUUCUCUCCCUAAAAUCUGGACUGUCUACACGGUGGUAAUUACACUUUAUACCGACUAUGCAAUGAAGUCCUACUGUAUUUUAAAACUGCAGUAAGUUUUCAGCUUUUCCUGCCCAACCCACCACCUUUGAUUCACAUUGCUCAGAAAAAUGAGUUUGACCCUACCAUGGGUAUUUUUUUUUUCCUCACAGUGCAUUAAUUUACAAUUUUAUUCAAUUUUGUUGCAUAGUUUUGGGGAAAAUAAUAUACCUAUUAAUGAUGAAUGAACAUGUUUCGAUCAUAUACAUUAGCAGAUCAUGUUAUGAGACAACCUAUGUGCUCAUAAUGCUGCAAUAUUUAGCCAUAAAUACUUUUAAAUCAUUAAGGGUAACCUCUAGGUGUUCAGUUUUACAGAUGCUACCUAGAGGUUAGUACAUAGCAAAACCCUAUUUUAUAGAACUGCAUGUUCAUUAAAAUAGAAAAUUGCUAUUCUAUUUCUUGAAUUAAUGAUGAAAGGGUGAUUCUAUCUACAUUUAAUUGAUAGGUACUUGGUGCAGCAGAGAAACAGGCAGAAGGAAGGACAGAAAGGGGCUUUAUUUUCUUUGAGGACACAGGAGAGAAUGUGGGAAGGAUGAGGACUUUUCUCUCGACUGGAACAAAGGAGGCCAGGGUUUUUAAGACCUUUUGCCAGGGUGGAGUUUGGAGGGGAUGUUUAGG